AUGGAAAACCCUUCAAACGGCUUGGGCGAGUUGCGGGGCGUGCACGGACGGCGACUCAAUUCGCUAAACAAGGACUAUAUGCUACCUGCGGAUAGCGUGGAGAUGAAGCGUCUAAACACGCAGCACAGAACACUGCGUACCGGGCUCGGGGGACUUUAUCCGGAGAAUUAUGCGGAAUCCAUCACUCGCAGGCUGGCACCCCAACAAGGAGAAACGGUUCGAAUCUGCGAUCUAGGGAGCGGCUCAGGCGACUGGGCAGCAGAGAUGGCGACUGCUUUUCCUCAUUCUGAGGUGCUCGCCAUUGACCUGGCACCUGGGGUUCCAGUGUUCAAAGUUGCAGAUGUAACACGAGAAGUCCCUGAGUAUUAUAAUCAAUUCGAUUUGAUUCAAGGGCGAUGUAUAGCAAACGGGAUUAAAAACUACAAGGGUCUAUUUACUUCGAUUCACCACUACCUCAAACCUGGAGGAAUUCUCAUUUCAGCAGAAGGAUAUUUUGAGGUUUUGGGAGAAGACUUGAAACCCAUGGAACCAAAAGAAUCAGGGGACUCGCGAAAUUACUCUUUGAAGCAGGCAAAAGACAAAUACCACCGAAUGACUCGAGUGUGGGCGUUGAGAAUGUGGCCGAUUACUUGGAAGUCUGGAUAA